AUGGAUCGUAAAGACAAUGAAUUUGACCAAAAGAUGAUUUUACAAACCAUAAAAACAAAUGUUCCGAAAAUCAUUCUCGAUGAUUGUGAGUUGCCGCCAUGGCACAAGCUAGUCGCCUACGUUUGCAAAGAUAUUGAUUUUGAAGAGUAUUCUAGAAACGAAAGAUUUGAAUUUUCCAAAAAAAAAUUAGAGGAAAACAAAAAUAAUCGACAAGGUCUCUUGGAUUUCUAUGAAGAUGUCUCUAAAGUAAUGUGUGAAAUGGAUGGAUUUUUGGGGAUCAGAACAAAAUUGGAAGAAGUUGUGAGCUCCAAUAAAUUGGCGAUUCCAUCUGCGGAGAUGUUGUCAUCCGUUAAAAGUAUGAAUGGGGUCAAACUAUUGAUUGAGAGAACUAUUUCUAAUUAA